AUGACUUUUUACGUCGCCUCCUCUCCCAUCUCCUACCUUCUUUCUGCUGCAGGGCUAGCAGCACUUGUGUCUCUACUACUGAAAUAUCUCCCCGCAACCCGCUCACGAAACAUCUCAGAAUCACCGUUCCUUCAAGAUACCACAACCACAGCACGAGCUUUGCCUUCCUCUUGGUACAGGUCCAAGGAAGUGUACGAGCUAGAGAGACGUGCUAUCUUUGCAAAGAAAUGGAUUCUUAUCAGCCAUAAACUAAGGUUCACAGAGGUUGGAUCAUGGGUGAGGUUCGAACAAGCAGGAUUCCAAUUCUUCCUCGUCAAAAACAAAGACGGGAAAAUAAAUGGCUUCCACAACAUUUGCAGACAUCGAGCUUUCCCUGUCAUGACGGGUGAUGAAGGCAAGGCAAGCAUUCUUUCUUGCAAGUAUCACGGGUGGUCAUAUGGUCUGAACGGACAACUUGCCAAAGCACCUGGAUACGAUGAUAUGAAGGGUUUUGACAAGAGCAACAACGGCCUUCUCCGUGUUCACGUCCAUGUCGAUGCCAAGGGGUUUAUUUGGGUCAACUUGGAUGCCUCCAAGACGCCUGAGGAUUGGUCGACCGAGUUCAACAAUAUCGACAAAAUGCCACGACACGAACCUUUCAACUUCGAAGACUAUCACUUUGAUCACACUUGGGGUAUGAGCGGCGAUUACAACUGGAAGACCUUGGCGGACAACUACAACGAGUGUUAUCACUGCAAGACCGCUCAUCCAGAUGCUGCUGCUGUGGCGGAUCUCUCGGCCUAUAGAGUCGACACCAAGGGCGGCAACAUUGAGCAUUUCGCCAAUUCAACCGCCGAGGCAGUGAAGAAUGGUUUGGGCGUCGUGAGUAACUACUACUUCCCCAACUCUUGCAUGACAGUCACACCGCACUUUUUCUACAUGAUGAGAUGCGUCCCUACAUCAGCUGGACAUUCCUCCAUGGAGUACGAAGUCUAUCGCCACAAAGACGCCAGUGAUGAGGACUUCAAGACGAUUGACGAGAUGUUCAAGCGGAUCCUGGCUGAGGAUAAAUGGCUCUGCAAUAAUGCGCAGAAGAAUCUUAAUGCGGGUGUUUUUGUCAAUGGUGAGAUGCAUCCCAGGAUGGAGCAGGGGCCGCUUUACUUCCAGCAUCGUAUCCGGAAUACCUUGGGUAUGCAUCAUCAGUUGGAGAAGAAGGCAGGGAGGGAGAUAAACCCAGCUCAACAAGUGGUAGCGGAUAAGUCCAGUAAGACAGAGGAAGAUGUGAGUCUUUGCUCUGGUCUGGCUUGUGGGAAGAAUGGGGAGGCCUUGGAGUGGUAG